CAAGGUCAUCAAGUUUUGGUAAGCGCUUUAUUCCAAAAUGACGGUACCGACAGAAAAUGUGAAGGAUGUAAUAUCUGUGAGAGUUAUGCGAUUAAAUCGUCCAACUUUUGUUCGACAACAAUGUGAACCAGCUGAACUUUACGUGGAUGAUAUAGCUGGAUGUUUAACCGCAGCUGAUGCAGGUAUUCGUGGAAAUCUUGAUGGUAUUGCGUUAAAUUUUCUAUCGACCGGAAAUUUGCCUACCUCUGCUGCUGCCGCUACUGCUGCUAAUUCUGAUGAACAACUCUCCAAUAGUGAUAAUAAUAAAGUAAACAUUGAUAAAAGGAAUUAUGAUUCAUUUCAACCGAAAGUUGGUGGAUUCAGUGAACUUUUGAGCUUACCGCAUUCUUUUGGAACUACGUAUCUGGGUGAAACAUUCUCAGCUCAUGUUAAUUUACACAAUGAAAGUAAUCAAAUUUGUUACAAUGUUGAAUUGAAAGUUGCUCUUCACAAUCGUACAGAAUUAAUAACCCUACCUGUAUGCCCUUCACUGAAUGGUUCGUGUAAUAAUAAUACUACUAAUAAUAAUGCACGUUUAAAUACAAGUCCUACGACUACUGCUACUACUACUCCUGGUGAUGCUGUUUUCGACUUACAUCCAGGCCAGUCAUUGAAUGCUGUGAUUAGUCAUGAAUUAAAAGAAUUAGGCAUUCACAAUUUACGAUGUACAGUUUCAUAUUUUCAAACAAGUUCUCAUGGAAAGUCUGAAACACUGCCACAUGUCGCUGCAUAUGAAUCUCCAAGGUUAACAUCAGGUCUUUCAUCACGAGAUACAGCGAAACGAGAACCAAUCACAUUUCAACGCCUAUACAAAUUCUCAGUAAAUAAACCACUGGAUGUUCGAAAGAAAUUUUCAAUCAUUGAUAUUGAUCAUAGUUUACUUAUGGAGACACAAAUUCAAAAUCUGACUACAGCACCAAUGAUCUUAGAACGUGUUCUAUUCGAACCUAAUCCUCAAUUCAGUGUUAUUAAUUUAAAUAAUAUGGACUUUACUAAAAAGUCUGUGUCUAAUACUUCAACGUACUACUUACAACCGAAUGAUGUACAACAAUUUUUAUAUCGUUUAAUGCCAACAACUACAAAUUCACUACCGUAUAUUAAUUCAUCUGCAAUAUCAUCAUCAGCAUCAUCGGUAACUACACCACCUAUACCUAAUCCUCCUGAGGCUAUUUCUACAUCUGCGCAUCAAUUGUCUAUAUCAGCUGGACGUUUAGAUAUUACCUGGAGGUCUGUUAUGGGUGAAAGAGGCCGAUUACAGACUAGUUCUUUGAAGUAUGAACUUCCCACAAUUGGUGAUAUUCAACUUAAAGCAUCAAGUCUUCCACCCACGGUAACAACAGAACGGCCAUUCAAAAUUAAAUUUGAACUAGUAAAUUGCAGUAAAACCAAUUUGGACUUAGUUUUAAAUCUUCAUUCAGUGAAUAAUGAUAAUAUCCCGUCAGUGAAGACUGAUGAAGAUAAUCAAGUUGAUAAUCAAGCUACUAUUGCUCUGGAUUCCUCUUCUAUUGGACAAACUACUGGUGGCGGUGGUGGUGGUGGUUUAUCACCACUAGUCUGGUUGGGUAGAACACGUCAAAAUCUUGGCAGAUUAUCACCUGGUCAAUGUAUUCCAUUUGAAUUAAAUUUAAUGGCUACUACACCUGGUCUGCAUAUGGUCUCCGGUGUAUGCAUUCAUGAAUUGACCAUGAAUCGUGAUUAUGAAUUCAAUGAUUUAGCUCACGUGUUGGUUUUUGCUGGUGUUCCGUCCUGAGCAUUUUUCUGCUUUAUUUCUUCCCGUCGUCAAUGAGGUGUGUGCAACCCAACUAAGAAGAUGUCCAAUAUUCAUCUCUAUGCAUCAUUGUUACUACUACUACUUCUAAUAAUAAUAAUAAUAAAAACAGCUUUAUAUAAAAAAAGUGUGUUCAGUAUAGUAUGGAAUUUUCAG